AUGACGGCCCCAUGGCCGUUCGCACAAUGGGGAUUAGAUAUUAUGGGACCAUUCCCUACAGCCGUACGACAGCUGAAAUUCCUGGUAGUGGGCAUCGACUAUUUCACGAAAUGGGUGGAAGUUGAAGCUUUGGCCACGAUUACAGAGAAGAACGUGCGGAGCUUUGUCUGGAGAUGCAUCAUAUGCAGGUUUGGCAUUCCUAGAGUCUUUGUCUCGGACAACGGGAGGCAAUUUGACAACGACCCCUUCCGGGAUUUUUGCUCACAGUUAGGAAUAAAGAACCACUGCUCCUCCCCCGAGCACCCUCAAGCUAAUGGCCAGGACGACGACAAGAACACCUACAGGAGAGACACCGUUUCGACUGACGUACGGAGGCGAAGUCAAGACUCGGCUCGAGGGGUCAAAGGGUAUAUGGCCCAAAGAAUUGCCAAGUAUACUAUGGGCAUACAGGACGACGGCAAGAACACCCACAGGAGAGACACCGUUCCGACUGACGUACGGAGGCGAAGCAGUCAUCCCGGCCGAAGUUGGACUCACAAGCUACAGGGUGCACAACCAUGA